UCUUCACAUUGCACCAAAAGGGAAAUGCCGCCUCCCUCUCUAAACCUGGCUUCUUCUUCUUCUUCUUCUUUGGCUCUUCUUCUAUCUCUGCUUGCUUGCCUCACCUCUCAAAUAAUUCAAAAGGCUAUUGCAUCACCUGCCAAUUCCUCAGUGCCCGCAGUAUUAGUGUUUGGAGAUUCGAUCGUGGAUACUGGUAACAACAACUAUUUAACCUCACUGGCUAAGUGCAAUUUUCCUCCUUAUGGCAGAGAUUUCAUGGGAGGUAUCCCAACUGGUAGGUUCAGCAAUGGAAAGGUCCCCUCUGACCUCAUAGUUGAAGCAAUGGGGAUUAAGGAGCUGUUACCGGCCUAUUUGGACCCAAAUCUCACCCUUCAAGACCUCCUCACUGGCGUAAACUUCGCUUCAGGUGGUGCAGGUUAUGAUCCUCUCACAUGCAAUAUAGAGACAGCCAUGACAUUAAGGGAGCAGUUUGAGUUAUUUGAAGAGUACAUAGAAAAGGUGAAGAGUGGGAUUGGUGAGGAGAGAAGCAAUAAGAUUGUAUCAGAGAGUCUAUACGUGCUGUGUACUGGGAGCAACGACAUUGCAACUACUUACUUCCCUACUCCUCUUAGGAAACUGCAUUUCGACAUUGCCUCUUACACCGAUCUCUUGGUCCAAUUCGCUUCUACUUUCAUUCAGGAACUGUACAGAGUAGGAGCACGAAAGAUUGUUGUAAUCAGCCUCCCACCAAUUGGAUGUGUGCCAUCCCAAAGAACAUUAAAAGGGGGAAAAGCUAGAUUGUGUGUGGAAAAUUACAACCAAGCAGCCAUGCUUUUCAACUCUAAGCUUUCCUCCCAACUGAAUCAGCUAAAUAAGAACCUACCGCUAUCGACAUUCCUUUACGUCGAUAUCUACAACCUUUUGCUUGAUUUGAUCCAAAAUCCUUACACAUACGGAUUUGAAGAAGCAACUAAAGGAUGUUGUGGCACUGGAAAAAUAGAAGCAUCAAUAGUAUUGUGUGAUGGAAACCCAUUUACAUGUACAGACACCUCCAAGUACAUAUUCUGGGAUAGUUACCAUCCCACAGAGAGAGCUUACAAGGUCAUCCUCACUCCAGUCCUCAAAUACGUCAAAAACCUCUUCUGAAGCACAUAAUCUCUUUACUUCAUCAAGUAUCUCAGGACACAAUGGUCACCCACCCCUCAAAGAUGUCUAAAUGCCAGUUUUUUUCUUCCCCAUUUUGGGUUUUCACAUUAUUUCAUUGACAUAUUUUAACAUAUUCAGGUUGAGGACAGAUGUGGUCCGAUAAAAAUCAAUUGAUCAACCAUAAAUAAUGUAUCCAGUGGGUUGCUAACGCCCUACAAGGACAUUUUUAUCAAUAAGAUAGUUAAGAGUCUUCACA